UCUCAAUUGAAAAUAGACAAAGACACAAGUUUCCUCAAAGUUUGGAGAAACACACUCUCUUCCUCACGCCUAAAUAAAGACAGCAAAUCAAGCUUGCAGAUCUCCACUCUAAUAUAAAGCUCACACCACACAGCAAGAACAACUCACCUCAACAACUAAUCCACUACAAUGUCUUCUUCUUAUUCUUCUUCACUCACACUCUUCUUCUUCUUUGCUUCCACAUUCCUCUACACUUCAUCAAACUCAUUCAACAUCACAAACAUCUUAAACCAGAACAAUGAGUUCUCCACUUUCAACAACCUCCUCUCCCAAACCGGACUCGCUUCCACCAUCAACUCCCGUCAAACCAUAACCGUCCUCGCCCUUUCCAACGACGCAAUGACAAUGUUUUCCUCCCAAUCAACCGAAGACAACAAGAAAAGCCUCGGCCUCCACAUCGUUCUAGACUACUACGACAUCAAGAAACUCAGAAGCAUAAAAUCAGUGAUACUCACCACUCUCUUCCAAGCAAGCGGUCAAGCUAAAGGCCUGCAAGGGUUCGUGAACGCAACCGUUAUGAACAACGGUGACAUUAUGUUCGGAUCUGCGGUUCGUGGAUCCGGCCUUGACUCUAAGCUUAUAGACUCUGUUGCGACACAUCCAUAUAACAUCUCGGUGCUUCAUAUUAGUAGUUACAUAUCUAUCAUGGAUCCCGAAGGUCCUAAAGAUCAUGGUUCUUCAUCUUCACCACUUCCUGUACAACCUCCUGGUGAUGAUGAUUAUGAAUAUGACGAGCCACCGUCUCCACCUUCCUCUACUACUAAGCCUUUUGUUGCUGCUGCUACUGCUGCUACCGCUAAGCCACCUUCUUCUGCAAAAGACAACUCAACAACAAGUGGAGUUUCAGCGAUUAGUAUUCCUAGCUUGGCGUUUGUGUCUGUGAUCUCAUCCUUUUGGUUCUUCAUGACGGUCUGGUGAUGUGAUGGUUAAGAUUUGAUGAAUAAACCAGAUCAGCUUUCUGAAAGCCAGAAAAAAAAAUGGAGAUUAGCAGCAAAGCUUUCAAGCUUUUUUUCACACAAAAGAACACUUCAAGCUUCACAAACUCUAUGGAAUAAAGCAACAAAAUCCAAAGAAGAAAUAAAGUGAUUGAUGAUAUAAUAAGGGAUGAAGAAUGUUGUAAAACUCAAAAGUUCUUUAUUUAUUUGGAAGCUUGGAUAAGUUUGUAAGAGAUUUCAAUUGGAACCAAUAAAAGAAAACACAAACUUGCAAGGCU